GAAUUGUGAGCAAUUAAGGGAAAGUGGAUAGGAGUUUCCGUUACCUCCUACUUUAAGUUUUAUCUCGGUAUUUUUGCCCUUAUAUUCAUCAGCUUCUCCACAUAACUCAAAUCACCUCAAUUCUGAUUUUUGUUUAUACAAAUGGAUGGACCUCCGUCAUUUACAUCAGUUGUGGCGAGGCCAGAUGUCCAGUUUUCCGACACCUCUUAUAACAACGAACACGGGCCGCCCUCUGUGGGAUCUGUGGCAAUGGCACAACUCCAGCUUUCAGACACCUCUUACAAUAACUACAGCAACAGCAACGUGCAAGCGACCUCUAUUGGAUCGCUGGCAAUGGGACUACUCCAGCUUUCAGAUCAACUCACAGAAACCUCUUAUAGCAAUGAAAAAGCUCCAUCUAUUGGAUCACUCGUAAUGGGAUACGAAAAAGGGAUUUCUAAAUCUGCCAGCGACGGUUUCAGUUACCACAUGCGGCCGCCAUCACUCACUGAUGUAGCUGGACGUGAUGGAUCUCAUUCAGGACCCGGUCCAAUGGAAAUCUACAGCAAUUCGGCAUCUAUGUCUGAGGACAACGAUGAUGAUGCUUCAACAAUUGACCCUGAUGCUGAUCUCUCUUAUCUUGAUGAAAAACUUCAACAUGCUUUGGGACACUUUCUGAAUGAUUUUGAACGAGGUAUAUCUGCUGAAAAUUUGGGGUCAAAGUUUGGGGGAUACGGUUCAUUUGUAGGUCCGGGUUCAAUGGAAUUGGACAGCCAUUCGGCAUCUAUGUUUGAGGACAACAAUGGUGAUGCUUCAACAAAUGACCCUGAUGCUGAUCUCUCUUAUAUUGAUGAAAAACUUCAACGUGUAUUGGGACAUUUUCGGAAAGAUUUUGAACGUGGUAUUUCGGCCGAACAUUUGGGUAAGUUAAAAGAUGUAACGAAUUGUUGGUAACUCCCGAACUAAAAACGGCGGAGUGCAGAUUCUAGGAUUUGUACUUAUUUGCAGGGUCAAAGUUUGGGGGAUACGGUUCAUUUGUAUAAGCAUAUGUUACAACACAGAGAAAAAGGAACCGACAUGGAUUGGAGAAUUUUUAGAAUAUGGAAGUAACUUAUCGUUUGCUGUAAAUCUGUACCGUAUUGUUACUUUUUUUUUUCUUCUUUGCUGUUCUUUCCUAUAUAGCUUCUUGCUAUGUUGGUGUUUUUUUUGUAUUAAUAAUAUGUCUCGUUUCCAUUAAAA